CGCGUCUCUACUUCCGGUCACGUGACGCCGUGGCGGGCUCCUCUGAAUUUGCGGACUGAGAGGAAGAGGGAAAGUCGUCGUCGGAAGGGUCUCUGGACCCAAAGAACAACAGGCCUCGAGGCUUUCCUGUUUCAUUGGAAGCAAUACCUUCUGCCAUGGCCAUGCAAAUGCAGAGCGACACAAGCAUAGACGCAUCAACACAGGAGGAAAGCUUCGGGCCUCAACCCAUUUCGCGGCUGGAGCAAUGUGGCAUAAAUGCAAAUGAUGUGAAGAAAUUAGAAGAAGCUGGAUUUCACACAGUUGAAGCUGUUGCUUAUGCGCCAAAGAAGGAAUUGCUCAAUAUUAAAGGCAUCAGUGAAGCCAAAGCGGACAAAAUCCUGGCAGAAGCAGCAAAGUUAGUUCCAAUGGGCUUCACAACAGCAACAGAAUUUCAUCAACGGAGGUCAGAGAUCAUUCAAAUCACUACUGGAUCCAAAGAACUUGACAAGCUCCUUCAAGGAGGAAUAGAGACAGGAUCUAUAACGGAAAUGUUUGGAGAAUUCCGCACAGGCAAGACGCAGUUAUGUCACACACUUGCAGUAACCUGUCAACUCCCUAUUGAUCGGGGUGGUGGUGAAGGGAAAGCCAUGUACAUUGACACAGAAGGCACUUUCCGUCCAGAGCGUCUGCUUGCUGUGGCUGAAAGGUAUGGCUUAUCUGGUAGUGAUGUGCUUGAUAACGUGGCAUAUGCUCGAGCAUUUAACACAGACCAUCAGACCCAGCUCCUUUACCAGGCAUCUGCUAUGAUGACUGAAUCAAGAUAUGCCUUGCUGAUAGUGGACAGUGCCACAGCCCUCUAUAGGACAGAUUAUUCUGGCCGAGGUGAACUGUCAGCAAGACAGAUGCAUUUGGCCAGAUUUUUACGUAUGUUGCUUCGACUUGCAGAUGAGUUUGGUGUAGCAGUAGUCAUCACAAAUCAGGUGGUAGCACAAGUGGAUGGAGCGGCAAUGUUUGCUGCAGAUCCCAAAAAGCCUAUUGGAGGAAAUAUUAUCGCACAUGCUUCGACAACCAGGUUGUAUUUGAGAAAAGGUCGAGGUGAAACUAGGAUAUGCAAAAUCUAUGAUUCUCCUUGCCUACCAGAAGCAGAAGCUAUGUUUGCUAUUAAUGCUGAUGGAGUAGGAGAUGCUAAAGACUGAAGAAGAUUUUCCAUUCAAUUUACAACAUAAAACUGGACAAAAAGGCUGUUCUUUCUCUCUUCAUCAUGAGCUUCCUGCUGUUGCUUCUGGGAGUAUAAGAAGCUGCCAUAAACUAGGUACAUUCAGACUGACUGCUCUUGUUACUGCACCUAGUUUUAAAAAAGCAAAACUUGAAGACUGUCCUGCCCAAAUGUCCUAACAUAUGCUAUUGAAUUAGAUUCUUCCUUCCUUUACUUUAGGGCCAAAACAGAUGGCCUGUUAAAACCCGUUUCCAGGCAUUCUUGGGAAUGCAGCGUUUAUACACCAUUCACCCGGAAGCUGCUUGGCUGCCCAGACAUGGGUGGCUUCAAGAUGUUCCAGCAGCACAGCAUUUACACGCCACACGCCACUGGAGUGUCUUGAAGCCGCCCUGGGACUGCGGCAGGGCUGGGAAAGGCAGCCCUUUCCAGGCCCAAAUAGGAGCUGAUCUUUUCAGGGUCCUGAGUAGAUUGGGGCUACAGCGUGUGUUUGCUGUGGCCCCAAUUCGUCUUUGGUGAGGGUGGCUUCAAAUUGCCCCUUCCUGGCUGUCUGUUCCAGCCCUGUAGUCAACUCUAAGAAACCAUUUAAUGUUUGUAACGUGUGUGCAAGGCAAAUGUAUCUAGUGCGAACUCUUAAACACUGCCUGAUUUUGCAGUUGAUGCCAAAAUAAAAUGAAUCAAAUGUGUUCUGUAACUGCCAGGUUAUUGUAUUCAGAAGCUAAAGACUAUUUCAUUAUUCUAUCAAAUCUGAAACUUGAGUUUUCUAUAUCUGUUUGUACAGUUGUAAAUUGAGAUGUUCGUUGAAUACAAAAGCUAUAGACAUUUUCAUGGCAACACUGUUGAUGUGUUCAACAACUUUAUCUUCUGUCUGUAAAUAUUUCCUAUACAGUUUGAUGUAAUUAAA